UCCCACCAUGACAGAUUUAGCAAACUGCAGCUGAGAAGUUACACUAGUUUGUACUUUCUGCUGUCUGUGCCGGGGAAAAAGCUAUUGUUUUCUCUGGAUCACUGGCAUGUUCGUUACUUUGAUGCCAAAAAGCAUACGGUUUUGCUGCUGUUUGUAUUUUCAAUCAAAGAAUGCAGGCAAGAACAAACAGAAAUCCUAAGAAAGAGCUUAUUAAAGAGUCUUCACAGCAGCGCAAGGAUGCAAGUCCUUGUGAAGCAGAAGGGGACAGUCCUGGGGUAGUGCUGGCAAAACCAAAGCUCAUAGAACCAAUAGACUAUGAAAAUGUCAUCGUUCAAAGGAAAACACAGAUUUUGAAUGAUGGUUUACGUGAGAUGCUACUGUUCCCUUAUGAUGAUUUUCAGACAGCGUUACUGAAGCGGCAGAGCCGAUACGUUCAUUCAACGGUUCCUGAAAAUGCAGAGAAGGAAGCUCAAAGCUUGUUUGUAACUGAGUGCAUCAAAACCUAUAAUUCAGACUGGCAUGUUGUUAACUAUAGAUUUGAAGAUUACUCGGGAGAGUUUCGACAGCUUCCAAAUAAAGGGACAAAAUCGGAGAAGCUUCCUGUUCAUUUGUAUGAAGUGGAUGAAGAAGCAGAUAAAGAUGAGGAUGCAGCAUCUCUUGGGUCUCAGAAAGGUGGAAUAACAAAGCAAGGAUGGCUGUACAAAGGCAACAUGAAUAGUGCCAUCAGUGUGACAAUGAGAUCAUUUAAAAGAAGAUUUUUCCACUUAAUCCAGCUUGGUGAUGGAUCCUAUAAUCUCAAUUUCUACAAAGAUGAAAAAAUAUCGAAAGAACCUAAAGGAUCAAUAUUUCUGGAUUCAUGCAUGGGAGUGGUUCAGAACAAUAAAGUCAGACGUUUUGCAUUUGAGCUCAAGAUGCAAGACAAGAGUAGUUACCUUUUAGCUGCAGAUAGUGAACUUGAAAUGGAAGAAUGGAUAAACACUCUGAACAAAAUCCUUCAACUUAAUUUUGAGGCUGCAAUGCAAGAAAAAAGAAAUGGAGAGUCUCACGAAGAUGAUGAACAAAGCAAACUGGAAAGCUCCUCAAGUAGUUUUGACUACUAUCCUGAAAUUACCAAGAGUACCAGAGAAGCAGAAAUGAAGUUGAAAAGUGAAAGCAGAGUUAAACUUUUUGCCUUGGAUCCAGAUGCACAGAAACUUGAUUUUUCUGGUAUUGAACCAGAAGUGAAGCCAUUUGAAGAGAAAUUUGGAAAAAAAAUUCUUGUCAAAUGUAAUGAUUUAUCUUUUAAUUUGCAAAGCUGCGUUGCAGAAAAUGAAGAAGGACCAACAACAAAUGUAGAACCUUUCUUUGUCACAUUAUCGCUGUUUGAUAUUAAAAACAACCGGAAGAUUUCAGCAGACUUCCAUGUUGAUUUGAACCACCCUUCAGUAAGGCACAUGAUACCAAAUGCAUCUCAACAGAUGAUGAAUGGCAGCGGUGAUAGCUUACACAGAGUUCAAGACAUUCAUGAAACUGUGUUACAAUAUCCAAAGCAGGGAAUAUUCUCAGUCACAUGUCCUCAUACUGACAUUUUCCUUGUGGCUAGGAUAGAAAAAGUAUUACAGGGAAGCAUUACGCAUUGUGCUGAACCAUAUAUGAAAAGUUCAGAUUCUUUAAAGGCUGCACAAAAAGUUUUGAAGAAUGCUAAACAGGCAUGCCAGAGAUUAGGUCAAUAUAGAAUGCCUUUUGCCUGGGCAGCUAGGAACCUGUUUAAAGAUGCCUCAGGAACCCUGGACAAAAAUGCAAGAUUUUCUCCUCUCUUCAGACAAGACAGUAAUAAACUUUCAAAUGAAGACAUGCUGAAAUUGUUAGCAGAUUUCAGGAAACCUGAAAAGAUGGCCAAACUUCCUGUUAUUUUAGGAAAUCUGGAUGUUACAAUUGAUAAUGUGUCACCAGAUUUUCCAAAUUAUGUUAACUCAUCAUACAUUCCCAUGAAACAGUUUGAAAACAGUUCCAAGACACUAGUAACAUUUGAAGUAGAGGAAUUUGUACCCUGUAUACCAAAACACACUCAGCCUUUCACUAUCUACAACAAUCAUCUUUAUGUUUAUCCAAAGCACUUGAAAUAUGACAGUCAAAAGUCUUUUGCAAAGGCUAGAAAUAUCGCAGUAUGCAUUGAAUUCAAGGAUUCUGAUGAAGAGGAUUCUUUGCCUUUAAAGUGUAUCUAUGGUAGGCCAGGUGGACCAGUAUUUACUAGAAGUACAUUUGCUGCUGUUCUGCAUCACCAUCAAAAUCCAGAGUUUUAUGAUGAGAUUAAAAUAGAAUUGCCUACUCAGUUACAUGAAAAGCACCAUUUGUUGUUCACCUUCUACCACGUCAGCUGUGAUAGUUCAAGCAAAGGAAGUACAAAGAAGAAAGAUGUUAUUGAAACACAAGUUGGGUAUUCUUGGCUUCCUCUAAUAAAAGAUGGAAGAGUGGUGACCAAUGAGCAACACAUCGCAGUGUCAGCAAAUCUUCCUUCAGGCUAUCUUAGUUAUCAAGAAGUGGGUGUUGGAAAGCAUUCUGGUCCUGAAAUUAAAUGGGUAGAUGGAGGCAAACAACUGUUAAAAAUAUCCACUCAUCUGGUGUCAACUGUUUAUACCCAGGACCAGCACUUGCAUAAUUUUUUUGAAUACUGUCAGAAAACAGAAUCUGGAGCUCGUGCAAUAGGAACGGAUCUUGUGAAAUAUCUUAAGAGCCUUCACGCUAUGGAAGGUCACGUGAUGAUAGCUUUCCUGCCAACUGUGCUAAACCAGUUGUUUAGAGUUCUCACUAGAGCAACUCAAGAAGAAGUUGCAGUCAAUGUGACAAGGGUUAUUAUCCAUAUUGUUGCUCAGUGUCAUGAAGAAGGCUUGGAUAGCUAUCUGAGAUCUUAUGUCAAGUAUGGCUAUAAAGCUGAACCCUAUGUUGCUUCUGAAUAUAAGACAGUACAUGAAGAACUGACAAAGUCCAUGACAACAAUUUUAAAGCCAUCUGCUGACUUUCUUACAAGCAACAAGCUACUUAAGUAUUCAUGGUUUUUCUUUGAAGUUCUGAUAAAAUCAAUGGCUCAGCAUUUGAUAGAAAACUCUAAAGUGAAGCUGUUGCGAAACCAGAGAUUUUCCGCUUCCUUUCAUCAUGCAGUUGAAACGGUUGUUAAUAUGCUAAUGCCACACAUCACUCAGAAGUACAGAGACAAUCCAGAGGCUUCAAAAAAUGCAAACCACAGCCUUGCUGCCUUUAUAAAAAGGUGUUUUACUUUUAUGGACAGAGGCUUUGUUUUCAAGCAAAUCAAUAACUACAUCAGCUGCUUUGCCCCAGGAGAUCCAAAGACUCUUUUUGAAUUCAAGUUUGAAUUUCUCCGUGUAGUCUGUAAUCAUGAGCACUACAUACCUUUGAAUCUACCAAUGCCAUUUGGAAAAGGCAGAGUUCAGAGAUACCAAGACCUUCACCUGGACUAUUCAUUAACUGAUGAGUUCUGUAAAAAUCACUUCUUAGUGGGACUGCUUCUAAGGGAGGUGGGCAAUGCAUUACAAGAGUUCAGAGACGUGCGGCAGAUUGCUAUUAGUGUGCUCAAGAAUUUGAUGAUAAAGCAUGCUUUUGAUGACAGAUAUGCUUCCAGGCUACAUCAAGCAAGAAUAGCCACUAUGUAUUUGCCACUCUUUGGAUUGCUCAUAGAAAAUGUCCAGCGCAUCAGUGUUAAAGAUGUGUCUCCAUUUCCUGUUAACCCUUCCAGCAAUAGUGCAAAGGAUGAUACACCUAAUUUGCCAACAGCAAGUCAGCUAGUAACACCACAAAAAUCAGUAAACACGCUGGAUAACAAUCUUCCUAAGGAUCUAUUUGGUGUUAUAUCUGGCAUUGCUUCCCCAUACACCACAUCAACUCCAAACAUUAAUAGUGUGAGGAACGCUGACUCAAGAGGCUCUCUUAUAAGUACAGACUCAGGAAACAGUCUCCCAGAAAGACAGAGUGACAAGAGCAAUUCUCUUGAUAAGAACCAACAGAGCAGCACUUUAGGAAGUUCUGUAGUUCGGUAUGAUAAACUUGACCAAGCAGAGAUCAAAAGUCUCCUCAUGUGUUUCCUUCACAUUUUAAGAAGCAUGUCAGAAGAUGCAUUGUUUACGUAUUGGAACAAGGCCACAAAAUCUGAACUCAUGGACUUCUUCACAAUUACAGAAGUGUGUUUACAUCAGUUCCAGUACAUGGGAAAACGAUACAUAGCCAGGAACCAGGAGGGGUUGGGAUCCAUAGUUCAUGAUCGAAAAUCUCAGACAUUGCCUGUUUCCCGUAACAGAACAGGGAUGAUGCAUGCCAGAUUGCAGCAGCUGAGCAGCCUGGAUAACUCUCUCACUUUUAACCACAGCUAUGGCCAUUCAGAUGCAGAUGUUCUUCACCAGUCUUUACUUGAAGCAAAUAUUGCCACUGAAGUUUGCCUUACAAUUCUGGAUACCCUAUCAUUAUUCACAAUGGCUUUUAAGAAUCAACUACUGACUGAUCACGGGCAUAAUCCACUGAUGAAGAAAGUGUUUGAUGUAUACCUCUGCUUCCUUCAAAAGAACCAGUCUGAAACAGCAUUGAAAAACGUCUUCAUUGCUUUAAGGGCACUUAUUUAUAAGUUUCCUUCUACAUUUUUUGAAGGUAGAGCUGAUAUGUGUUCUGCAUUGUGCUAUGAAAUUCUCAAGUAUUGUAAUUCCAAGCUGAGUUCAAUUCGCACUGAAGCUUCACAGUUGUUGUACUUCUUAAUGAGAAAUAAUUUUGAUUACACAGGAAAGAAGUCUUUCGUUAGGACACAUCUGCAAGUCAUUAUUUCAGUAAGCCAGUUAAUUGCUGAUGUUGUUGGAAUUGGAGGAACAAGAUUUCAGCAGUCUCUUUCCAUCAUCAAUAAUUGUGCCAAUAAUGACAGGAUUAUAAAGCACACUACAUUUUCUUCUGACGUGAAGGAUUUAACAAAACGGAUUCGUACAGUACUGAUGGCUACAGCUCAGAUGAAGGAACAUGAGAAUGAUCCGGAAAUGCUUGUAGACCUCCAGUACAGUUUGGCAAAGUCUUACGCUAGUACACCUGAACUAAGGAAGACGUGGUUGGACAGCAUGGCAAGGAUCCAUGUUAAAAAUGGAGAUCUUUCUGAGGCAGCAAUGUGCUAUGUCCAUGUAGCAGCACUGGUUGCAGAAUAUCUCACACGAAAAGGGAUGUUUAGGCAAGGUUGUACAGCUUUCAGAGUAAUCACGCCUAAUAUAGAUGAAGAGGCUUCAAUGAUGGAGGAUGUUGGAAUGCAAGAUGUUCACUUCAAUGAAGAUGUGCUGAUGGAAUUGUUGGAGCAGUGUGCUGAUGGACUCUGGAAGGCAGAACGUUAUGAACUCAUUGCUGACAUAUAUAAACUUAUCAUUCCCAUUUAUGAAAAACGGAGAGAUUUUGAGAGGCUUGCUCAUUUAUAUGACACUCUUCAUCGAGCAUACAGUAAAGUAACAGAAGUUAUGCAUACAGGCAAGAGACUGCUGGGAACUUAUUUCAGGGUAGCAUUCUUUGGACAGGGCUUCUUUGAGGAUGAAGAUGGAAAAGAAUAUAUCUAUAAAGAACCUAAACUCACACCUCUUUCAGAAAUUUCCCAAAGACUCCAAAAACUCUACUCUGACAAAUUUGGAUCUGAAAAUGUCAAAAUGAUUCAGGAUUCUGGCAAAGUAAAUCCUAAGGAUUUAGAUUCAAAAUAUGCAUAUAUUCAAGUUACACAUGUAAUUCCAUACUUUGAAGAAAAAGAGUUGCAAGAAAGAAAAACAGACUUUGAAAGGACUCACAACAUUCGUCGCUUCAUGUUUGAGAUGCCUUUUACUCAAGGUGGUAAAAGACAAGGAGGGGUAGAAGAACAGUGUAAGCGACGGACCAUUUUGACAGCUAUACAUUGUUUCCCAUAUGUGAAAAAGCGCAUUCCUGUAAUGUACCAGCACCACACUGAUUUAAACCCAAUUGAAGUAGCCAUUGAUGAGAUGAGUAAAAAAGUUGCAGAACUUAGGCAGCUUUGCUCUUCAGCUGAAGUAGAUAUGAUCAAAUUGCAGCUGAAGCUACAAGGAAGUGUCAGUGUUCAGGUUAAUGCUGGUCCAUUGGCAUAUGCAAGAGCUUUCUUAGAUGAUACAAAUACCAAAAGAUAUCCAGACAAUAAAGUAAAGCUGCUAAAAGAAGUUUUUAGGCAAUUUGUUGAAGCUUGUGGGCAUGCUCUGGGUGUAAAUGAACGACUUAUAAAGGAAGAUCAGUUGGAAUAUCAGGAAGAAAUGAAGGCCAACUACAGAGAAAUGGCAAAAGAGCUUUCUGAAAUAAUGCAUGAACAAAUUACUCCAAUUGAAGAGAAGGCCAGUGUUAUGCCUAAUUCGCUACACAUUUUCAACGCCAUAAGUGGGACUCCGACAAGCACAACAGUUCAUGGGAUACCCAGUUCUUCUUCAGUUGCAUGAUUGUUUUGUAAAGGAAAGUACGUUCAUUUGAUUUUUUGGGGUGGUUUGGUUUGUUUUGUUUUUUAAAGUCUGUGGAUUUGCUUCGUUGUGUGCAAACUCAGGAUGAUUUCGAAGCUAAAUGUUGGGCACGUGCAAGCUGCAUAAUUCCUACGAAUGUCUGAGCACACUUAGCAAAUAGCAGUUACUGGUAAUAGUCUUUUAGAGUAAGGAAGACACACAUGUAUUUUCUAAUCUUGCUGGUAACAUUUGCAAGUAUUCACAAUGUCAUUGCAGAAUUGCCUGUUGGAAAAUUACAAAGUUGAAGUUAGUUUCUCUUUUUCAUUAGAAAGUGUUACUAAACUGAAUUGCACAUUACAAAGUGUUGUGGGAUGUAAUUUUGCAGAUAUGUAACAUUCCGGUGUUCUUUUUGUGUAUGGCACAUUGAGGUUGAUUCCAAGUACAAGAACUAUUUUGGGGCUAGACAGAGACACUAGUUUUCUGGGUUUAAGGGAACUGACAAUAGUAGUUUUUGUACCAUUUGGCAAAUCGUUGUGCUUUAUUUUAUACCUUGUUGCAUUUUGGAAAUGUGUGAGCUUAGGUCUUAUUAAACAACUAAAUACAACCAAAGGUCUGUAUUAAUGAACACUGAGUUAUACUAAAAUAUCAAUAGUAGUAAAUUGUUAUGUACAUAUUGUUUGUUAAUACAGUCCAUACAGUCUGUACAUAAAUGUAUGACAUUUCUAAGCAUUUUUUUAAUACUCAUACCAGCUCUUAUCCUUCUGCUUUUAGUUUAUUGUGAAAAUUUGCUCAUUCCAACUAUAUGCAGACUUUACAGCUCAUUUAUUCCUGUAUAUAAAUAAGUGCAAUAUAAAGAUGUAUACAGUCUUUGCUAUGUUAGGUUUAUAUGCAGUUAUUAAAAGGAACAAACUUUUUUGCCAAAGCAAUGGAAUAUGUAAUUGGUGAUCAUGGUUACUGUGGUAAAUGGUGGUAUAAUUUAAUGCUUUUUCCACAUUCUUAUUCUUUUAAGACAUUAAUUUAGUAAUUUUAUAUUUGGGAAAAAGAAAGGUUUUUAAUUUUAUUUAACUGGAAGCACUGUCCUGCUGUAAUUAAACAUUCUGUACUACAUCUAUAUUAAAAGGAAAAAAAUAGUUACUUUU